UUUUCGCUAUGCCACCGUAAUUGGAAGUUACUGUACUCCUACUUGGCUCAAAAGUUAAACUUGAUAUUUUUGUUGCGUACUACAUGUUAUUGUGUUUGUUUCAUGUCUUUUAGUUUGUACGCAUUUAACAACACAGUUGAAGACAUUAAAAUUAUGUAGUAGGAGAACACGUUAGUUUGGUGGUUAAAAUCUUGGACAAAAUCAUUGUCAAUGACAGUAUAUUUGUUGAGGCGUCUGCUUUUGUCUGCUGCCUCUCACAUUUCACCACCCCUUUAUCCUUAUCUCCUCUUCUUCAUCGUUUUGCUCUUCAAAAAAACACGCACACCUUGGUAAGGUGAGAGAAUAAGAAAAUUAUGGCAUUUGCAGGAACAACCCAGAAGUGCAUGGCUUGUGACAAAACGGUUUAUCUCGUUGAUAAGUUGACUGCGGAUAACCGAGUGUACCAUAAGGCUUGCUUCAGAUGCCACCACUGCAAAGGAACACUCAAGCUUAGCAACUAUAACUCUUUUGAGGGAGUUCUAUACUGCAAGCCACACUUUGACCAACUUUUCAAAAGAACUGGUAGCCUUGACAAAAGCUUCGAAGGGACACCAAAAAUUGCCAAACCAGAAAAAACAGGUGAUAAUGAGAGACCUGCAGCAACCAAAGUUUUAAGUAUGUUUGGUGGAACCAGAGAUAAAUGUGCCGGUUGUCAGAAAACAGUGUAUCCUACUGAAAAGGUUAGUGUGAAUGGAACACCUUAUCACAAGAGUUGUUUCAAAUGCACUCAUGGAGGGUGUGUUAUUAGUCCUUCUAAUUACAUUGCACACGAUGGCAAACUCUACUGCAAACACCACCACAUCCAACUGAUCAAGGAGAAGGGAAAUUUAAGCCAACUUGAAGGUGACCAUGAGAAGACUGCAAUGCAUGAGAAAAUCAACGGUGAAGUAGUUGCAGCUGAGACAUGAAAAGCAUGAGUUAUGACAUAAGAGUCUCAGAAUGUUCCAUAUUUUUGUAUCAUGUGUUUUUGCUAUCUCUCCUGCUUUACCAUUACAGUCUUGAAAAAUAUGGUAUUGCCUUUUUCUUUUUAACAAAACAUAGAUGCAAUUCCUACGGUGUUUUAUGUGUUGUUUUCUAUUUAGAAUGGAAGUUUCACCUCCACAAUCCACAUAAUAAAUGAUUUUAUUAAAUGUCAACAUAAGUUUCUAAAGUGAAACUUCAAAUUCUGAUCAGAUAAGAACACCAAAACACCAGAGAAACUGUAUUUUUCUCUUUUUCUGUAAUGUGGAAAUCCAUCAUUUGUUUUCCGUUGUUGUGAGGUUGUUGAUACUUAAGUGAGACUCAAUGGCAUUCGAUUCUGAAUAUGUGAUUCACAAGACAGUGCUACUGAAUUUCUUAAAAGUCUCUUUUGUAUUCAUAUUGCUACAUAUACCUACAUCGUAAUCU